AUGCCAGAAAUUGCUUUCGAGGACAAGCGUCAUUUCUUCAUGACACUAUGCAAAGCAGCGCUGUUUUUCAAUCAGAACUCUCAAUUUAUCUCAAUGAUGCAGGAUAUGUUCACGACAAAUCAUUUACUGGCUCAGCAAGUUACUAGCGAAUUCAAUCAAUAUACUGAAGAAUUACUGAGUUUCGUAAACAGCUACAAUUCUAGUGAAAUCUUAACUUUGUCUAGAGUUAGAGCAGAUCCUGAUAGAAUAUACAUCGAUGGGUGCUGGGACAUCAUGCACAGUGGACAUUUCAAUGCAAUUCGUCAAGCCAAGAUGCUGGGCAAAAUUCUCGUUGUAGGAGUCCACAAUGAUGAUGAAAUAGUCAGAAAUAAAGGAAUGCCAGUAAUGACUAACCAAGAACGUUUAUCUAUGGUAAGAGCUUGCAAAUGGGUAGACGAAGUAGUAGAAAAUGCCCCUUAUAGCGCCACAGAAGGGUGGCUUGAUUCAUUAAACUGCCGCUACAUAGCCCAUGGAGAUGACAUCGCAAUAAACUCAGAAGGGGUUGACGCUUAUGCUCAGCUGAAAAAUGCUGGCAGGUUUAAAAUAAUUAAAAGGACUGAAGGAAUAUCGACAACCAUGAUAGUCGGUAAGCUUCUUCUUAUGACAGUCGAAAAUAAAGCAGCUUACUCAGAGCCUAUGAUAGCAACUGAUAUUAACUAUAAAUCAAAUUUCAUCGCCACCACCAGAAGGAUAUCAGAAUUCGCGAAUAGAACCAGAAGACCUGAAGGGAAAAUAAUUUAUGUGGACGGUUCUUUUGAUUUGUUUCAUAUUGGCCAUGUAGAAACGCUGAAAAAAGCUAAAGAGCUCGGCGAUUUUUUGAUUGUGGGAGUUCAUGAUGACUUGACUGUAAAUCAGCAUAAAGGCUCGAAUUAUCCUAUAAUGAAUUUGUAUGAAAGAGUUUUAAAUGUGCUAGCUGUGAAAUAUGUGGAUGAAGUAGUCAUUGCUGCUCCUUGGACCAUAACGGAAGAUCUGUUGAAAUCAUUGAAUAUUCAGAUGGUAGUACAAGGUUCUAUUUCGAAACUUGAUGUAGAACAUAGCCAGAGAAGAAAACAAAGCUUAGAGUAUAAUGAUGAAGAAGAUGACCCGUAUUUGCUGCCGAAAGCCUUGGGAAUUUAUCAAGAAGUGCAAAGCGAAAGUGAACUGGAGACGAAACAUAUAAUUUCAAGAAUCAUUGAAAAUAGACUCAAAGUUCUGAAUAAGUAUCAAAAAUCAAGCAAAAAGGAGCAAAGUUACUAUGAAAACGGGAAAACGUAUGUUGAAGAAUUAUAG